UCAUCUUCUUCACCUAAGCGGCGUGUUUACUGGCCGUGGUUAGGGGUUCCGUACGCACCGUAGGGACACCGGCCGUAGGGGACACCGCAGUGGACACCGGCAGUGGACACCAGCAUUCCAGCCGGUCUGCCUUGCGACUGACGUCACGCGACUGACGUCACGCCAGCGCAGCGCUCGGUGUGUAUGUAUGUAUGUGUGUGUGUAAGUGUAUGUGUGUGUGACGUCACUGGCGCUCGGGCCGGGGCGUGUCGGCGGCGACUGCACUGCAGUGCGGCCUGGUGCGCCGACGGGAGAGGUGGUGGGGCGUCGGACCGCCGCGAGAGCUCGGUGCCGAGGUGGUGGUGGAGCCGGUGAUGGAGCGGUAGCGCGACCGCCGCCAUGCCGCCGGCGCUGCUGUUGCUGCUGCUGCUGAUGGCGGCCGUGACGGCGCGGGCCGACAACACCACCCAGCGCUGCGUGCCGGGCCUCCUGCUGCCCGUCUGGGAGCCGCAGCACAGCCUCAGCACUGGAGAUGUGCUGGCGCGCGCGCUCGUCUACUUUCUCUCACUCAUCUACCUUUUUAUUGGCGUGUCGAUCGUAGCCGACCGCUUCAUGGCCUCCAUCGAGGUCAUCACCUCCAAGGAGAAAGAGGUCACCGUCAAGAAGGCCAACGGCGAGACGCAGAUUGUUGUUGUGCGAGUCUGGAACGAGACGGUGGCCAACCUGACGCUGAUGGCUCUGGGCUCGUCGGCCCCCGAGAUCCUCCUCUCCAUUAUUGAAAUAUACGCCAAGAACUUUGAUGCGGGCGCGCUGGGGCCGGGUACUAUUGUGGGCAGCGCCGCUUUCAACCUGUUUGUCAUCAUCGCCAUUUGUGUGUAUGUCAUCCCCGACGGGGAGGUGCGCAAGAUCAAACACCUGCGCGUGUUCUUCGUGACGGCUACGUGGUCCAUCUUCGCCUACGUGUGGCUGUACCUGAUCCUGGCGGUGAUCACGCCCGGAGUGGUGGACGUGUGGGAGGCCCUGCUGACGCUGCUCUUCUUCCCGGCUACCGUGACCACCGCCUACAUCGCCGACCGGCGCAUGCUCUUCUACAAGUACAUGAAGAAGGACUACCGUGUCAACAAGCGUGGCGUCAUCGUGGAGAGCGAAGGUUUGGAGCUGAGCAGGCCCAGCCACGGGCCGUUGGGCGGCGAGCUCAAACAGCUCGACGAGGAGCAGGUGGACGAGGCGGUGCGCGAGUUCGAGGAAAACCGACGCGAGUACAUUCGGAUCCUGCGCAAGCUGCGUCAGCUGCACCCCAGCCUCGAGAUGGAGCAGCUCGAGCUGAUGGCACGCGAGGAGGUUCUCAACAGGGGGCCCAAGUCGCGCGCCUUCUACCGAAUCCAGGCCACGCGCAAACUCACCGGAGGCGGGAAUCUGAUGCGGCGCGCGCUGCAGGCGGAACGGCGUGCCAGCACUGUCGACCUCGAUGACGUCAAGAUGGACGACAGCCAGCACGCCAUCCACGUGUUCUUCGACCCGGGCCACUACACUGUGAUGGAGAGCGUCGGGGAGCUGGCGCUGACAGUGCGUCGCGAGGGCGGCGACCCGAACCAGUGCGUGCUGGUCGACUACCGCACAGAGGACGGCUCGGCCAGCGCCGGCAGUGACUACGUGGCCGUCGCCGGCACCCUCUUCUUCGGGCCCGGAGAGAGUGUUCAGACGAUCGGUGUAUCGGUCAUAGACGACGAUCUGUUCGAGGAGGACGAGCACUUUUACGUAAAGCUGAGCGGCCUGCGUCUGGCCAGUCGAGACGGCGCGCCGGUGGGCCAGACGAACGGCAGCGCCGUGCGCCGGCACUCGGUGCCCGAGCUGAGGCUGGUGGCGCCGUUCGUCGCCACGGUGAUGAUUCUGGACGAUGACCACGGCGGCGUGUUCUCCGUGGCCGAGAAGGACGUGGAGAUCGUAGAGUCCGUGGGCACCUACUCACUGCGCGUCUGCCGAUGGUCGGGCGCGCGCGGCCGCGUGGCUGUGCCCUAUGUCACCCUCGAGGGCACCGCCAAGCCCGGAAAGGACUACGAACACUGCCAGGGGGAGGUGGUCUUCGAGAACAACGAAACCGAGCAGUACAUCAACAUACCCAUUAUCGAGGAGGACAGCUACGAAAAGGACGUGCUCUUCUAUGUGGAGCUCGGGGAGCCUCGCUUCCUCUCAGCGGACGCAGGCGCCGUGCUGGAUUUGCAGCGCCGGCCGGCGGCGGAGCUGACCGACCAGCAGCGUGUGGCGCUGCUCGGCCGGCCGCGGCUCGGAGACGCCGUGCGCGCACAAAUCAGGGUCAAGGAGAGCAAGGAGUUUAAGAACACCGUCGACAAGCUGGUGCAGCGGGCCAACGCGUCGUUCCUGGUCAGCACGUCCUCUUGGAAGGAACAGUUCAUCGAGGCGGUGACAGUUUCGGCAGGGGACGACGACGGCGGCGACGAGGCCAAGGAGGCGGGCGCGGCCGGCGCGCGGAUGCCCGGCUGCGCCGACUACGUGCUACACUUCAUCACUGUGUUCUGGAAGGUGCUGUUUGCGUUCGUGCCGCCGACUGACGUGCUGCACGGCUACCCGUGCUUCCUUGUCUCCAUUGUGGGCAUCGGCCUGCUGACGGCCGUCAUCGGUGACCUGGCCUCCCACUUUGGCUGCACCAUCCACCUGCGGGACGGCGUCACGGCCAUCUCGAUCGUGGCGCUGGGCACCAGCGUGCCAGGUAUACGUCCCAGACCCAGACCCAGACCCGGACCCGGACCCAGUCCUACAGCCCGUGCCAGAGUACCAGGUACCGUCCCAGCCCCAGACCCGGGCCCAGACUCAGUCACAGUCCUGCAGCCCGUGCUUAUUUUGGGACAGUUCCAGUCGAAGACACUCCAGCCCAGUCACAGACCCAGUCACAGACCCAGCCACAGACUAAGUCACAGACCCUCUAGCCCAGUCACAGACCCAGUCACAGUCACAGACCCAACCACAGACCCUGUAACCCAGUCACAUACCCGAUCCCAGUCAGAGACCCAGUCACAGACCCAGUCAUAGACUUUCCAUCGCCCCUCACAGACCAAAUGGUCUGCCGGACCUCGCCGCCCCGGCUCCUUCGUGUCCCGGGGUUUCGCUGGGCAUUUCGAGAGCUCGGUUUGAGUCUCUCAUUCGUGUUAGGAGCUCGUAUGCUGAUCAAUUUAACCUCUCAGGCACAAAGCUAAUAUCUGUAUGACCUCAGCGGGCUGGUUCUGGUAAAAGAUCCAGAGACGGCUCCGUCCGAACACACUCCGUCUACUGGCAGCCGGGAUCAAAUAAAGGCGCACCGAUAUGACAGCCGCGCAGUGGCUGCCAUAUUCCCUUCAUAACAGAGGUCAGGCCAUCAGCUAAUGUGGCUAUGUAAUGAACCAUAGAUGGAUGAGCUAAUGACCGGCUUCAUGGUGCUCGACUGUGGACAAUAAUGAGCCGCCGUGCCGGGCCCUUCUCGGCAGAGAGGCGCCGCGGUUGGCCCUGAAGUCGCCACGGUCCGUUCGCUGCCCGCCGCCGAUAGGGCCGGCGGCCGCUCCGUCUGCUGUCCUCUCCCCACCCACCCCGCUUUCAGUGCUUGACCUCCAGCCUACAUACCUAUUGCCACCUCACUUAGAUACUUCUACCUACGUGCCUGAUAACCAACCAACCUUUUAGUGGCAUGUGCUUGGCAUGUUCUGGUUGCAUGUCGCUUACUGUCGCACACUGGCUCUUAGGGAUCUAUGUGUUUGAUAUAACAUAACUUGCAUGGCUGUGCUGGCUGUGGGUGGAAAUGUGGACUGGCCGCUCCACGGCGCUCGGUGCCGGCCUGGUUCUGCUAUCGCUAACCAAAUGUGCACGAAUAGUUUGCUGUGAAGCAGUGACGGUCAGUGGAAGCAGAGCGUUGAACGCGCCCGUUAUGUUUAUCAGUAGCGUGUUGCGGUGGGCGGCGCCGAUGCGCGGUGGUAGCACCGUUUCGCAGCACCGUCAGCCGCUGUGGUGUUGCAAAUCGAACACAUUAACGGUAACUUUCGCAAUAUCAGCAACGUAACACGCCGUUGAAAUAUUUGUCAGGUGAAACCGUGACCGAGUGCGAGUGGCGCGCUGCGGCCGGUGGCGGUGUUUGACCGCGGCUGACCUCGCCCCC